GUGAGAGGGCGCAGUGGCAGUUGACUGAGCUGUUUGCCCCGGUGUGAGUGCGAGUUGCUGACACUCAACUUCCGCGUCUGACACUGCUUGCAGCCCGGAGAGAGAGGGAGAGAGAGAGAGAGAGAGCAAAGUGGAUUACAGAGUAAGAUCUCCAUGCAGGUUUGCCCGGCCGUUGCAAUAAUCAGGUCGGUCGGGCGAUGCUCCACCGAAAGUCCUACGCCCUUGCCGACAUGUCCAGGAGCAAGCGAGUGUGCGGGCCGGCGCCGCAAGGCAAGUUCAGCAUUGUGGAUCCCAGCAACGCUAACGCUAACGCUCCGGCCAUCCCGCUGGGCGAUCACCCAGUGUGCAGGCUGCGAGCGGCCAACGGCGAGGGGGAGAGGUUGGAGCCGGAGCCCAGGCAGCGCCACCGGCCACCCGUGCCCCAGCUCACCAUCACCUCGGAGGAAGGCACCACACACGACAGCCUGGAGCUGGACAUGGAGCCCGACUGCAGCAUCAGACUGUGCCGCAAGCUCUCCAACUCGUCCCUCUCCUCCACCGGCUCCUCGCUCUUCGAGGAGUCGGAGGACGACCUGCUCGACGGUCAUCUGCAAGACCAGGGCGACGUGAGCCAAGAGGACGAGUGUCUGAACAAACCCCAGCGAGGAGCUAAAAGGAGAGAGCGCUGUUCACCCUUCAAAGUCUCCUUCAAGAAACAGUAUUCCUGGAUUCAACUGGCUGGCCAUUCAGGCAGUUUCAAACCAGGGGACGGUGGGAAGAUCCUCAAGAAGUACAGUGAAAACGAGAAGGUGUGCUUUGAGCAACUACAAACGGAUGCUCUGGCUCCCUUUGUGCCCUGUUACCAUGGCGUGAUCCAAAAGGAAGAUGAGCUGUACCUUCAGCUGGAUGACCUGUUGGCCGAGUUUGACAGCCCGUGUGUUAUGGACUGUAAAAUGGGAGUAAGAACGUACCUGGAGGAAGAGCUGAUGAAAGCCCGCGAAAAACCAAAGUUGCGGAAGGACAUGUACAAGAAAAUGGUAGAAGUUGACCCUCAGGCACCAACGCCAGGGGAGCACACUCUGCAGGGAAUAACCAAGCCACGGUACAUGCAGUGGAGAGAGUCCCUCAGCUCGACAGCAACAUUCGGCUUCCGCAUUGAAGGCGUUAAGAUGCCAGACGGAAUAGGCAGCACAAAUUUCAAAAAGACCAAAACGAAGGAACAGAUUCUCCAGAUCUUUGAAGAUUUUGUCGAUGGAAACAAGAACAUCAUGAAAACCUACCUGGUGCGACUGCUCAAGAUUCGGAAAAUCCUGGAAUCAUCUGAGUUCUUCAAAAUGCAUGAGGUUAUUGGGAGCUCCUUGCUGUUCAUCCAUGACAAGAACGAGCUGGCCAAGAUCUGGUUGAUCGACUUUGGCAAAACCAGAAAGCUGCCGAAUGGACAGACACUUAACCAUCGGAUGAAGUGGCAAGAAGGCAACAGGGAAGAUGGCUAUCUCUGGGGGCUGGACAACAUGAUUGAUAUUGCAUCCAAGAUCUCGGAGGACCAGCGAUGAUUCCUGGCCAGAGACUCCUCUUUGCCUUGGGUUUUCCAAUGGGCACCCAGAUGGUUAUCUGACGAGGUCUUUGGAUGUGGAUGCAUUGCUACUAUUCACGCUGGUGAGAGAGUGAGCAAUAACAGAGAUAGACUGUGAGAGAAAAUUACAGUUUCUCUAAUAACCCAAAGCUCCAUCUUGCAUGUGGGAUCCACACUGUGACUAUGAUGCCCUAAAGAAAAUGGACCACACAUGGUGAAGUGACAUGCUUGUCAAGUGGGAAAUAUAGUUGCUGCCAUUACAGAACAGUUGCAAAUGAUCGCUCUUGCCUUCACCUUGAAAUAUAUUUUGAUAACAAUAAUGAUUGAUUUUUUUUUACUGAUGGAUGAUGGGGACAGAUGAAUAUUUAUAAGGCUCGUUUAUGAUGCAUUACCAGCUUCCCUCCGCAAGUGCUCUCUUCUGCCUCCUGGUGGCUAGUUUUGAAGCAGCGGCAGCCAAAGAUAACUUGUUCCCAGCCUUCUUGGCUCCACUCUGCUUCCCACCUCUCCGACUCCCGCACCCCCCGAUGUAAAAGGUGUUUGAGGUAGGAAAUGGCCCAGUAUUCUUGCUGUGAGCCUCCUUGUAUUUCCUUAGCACCUUUCACAACCUCAGGAUGUUUCGAAGCUCCUUCCAACCAAGUGAGAACUUUUCAAAUGUGGUCACUGUUAUAUGAAAAGCAACUAGCCAAGUUGUUCACAACAUCCUCACGGCAAACAACCAGAAGGCAAUGACCAAAUGCAUGGUUGAGUGGUAAAUAUUGGUCAGGAAGCCAGGGAAAGAUCCACUGUUCUCCAGAAAUGUGCCUCAAAAUAUUUAUGCCAAUCAGAGAAAAUGGGCAGCUUCCCUGUUCGAAAGGAAGCGCCUGGGAUUUUGUCUUUAGUAUUCUAUCAACUCAGCUUUGCUUCUGUGUCAGCCGUGGAUCAGGGGUAGGUCUUGGGGCACUGCUCAUGUUGAACUGUUGUAACUUUACAAUCAAAGCCAGUUAGAUAAGGCUUUGUUAGUUAUAUUGACCUAUCUGACCAUGCUUACAGUGCGGCACAGUGGUAGAGUUGCUACCUUACAGUGCUUGUUCCAUCCUGACUACGGGUGCUGUCCGUAC